GAGGAGGCUGUGCACAGAGGGAGGAGACUCCUCAGAGCUGACAGUCAGAAGCAGCUGUGCUGGGAGCAUUUCUGGAGCCCAAGCUCUUCUCUCAGAGGGAGGACACCAGGACACAGCAGACAUCAGUCCUCAUGGAGCCCAGUUCAGCCCCUAUCCACAGAGGGCGUGUUCACUGGCAAGGGCUCCUGCUGGCAGUGUUACUCUUAACCAUCUGGAUGCCAAACUAUACUACCCAGCUCAUUUUUCAAGUAGCCCCCAAAGCUCCCAAUGUUGGAGGAGGUGUUCUGCUAUAUGUGAAUAACAUAUCUACGGAUGCAUCUGUCUAUUUCUGGUACAUGGGGGAAAGUAUCUACUCAAGGAAACUAAUUUUAGCACAUUCAUAUCGCAAGAAAAGAACAUACUAUGGGCCUGCUUACAGCAGUCGAAUGGAACUACUUGACAAUGGCUCCCUGGGAAUUCUCAAUCUCACAGCGAAGGACACAGGAUACUUUACCUUCCGUGUUAUGAAGAGACACUAUCAAACAGAAGAAUUAACUAGGCAUGUCCGAGUCUACUAUGUUCCCCUGCAAAAAGACCCAGGACCUACUAGAAAGGGUCCUGGCCAUAGUCUGAGUGAUCUUUAUAGACUCUCGGAGGUGCUGGGAGGGUAUAAGAUCUCCCAGGAAGUAGCUUGAAAGCAGGACCAAGAG